AUGACAGAGGAGGUGACAGCUCAGAGGGCCUCGCUGUCACAGGCGCUAGAGGCCAGGAGGAAGGCAGAGGGAGAGCUGUCUGAGUUGCGGGAGGACAGCUCCUCUCAGAUAGCCCAUCUCGUGGAGUCCCUGGAACAGAAAUCAAAAGCAGUGGAGCAGCUGACAAUGUCACUGGAAGACGAGAGAGAGGAGAUAAAGGCAUUGAAGAGGAAGCACACUAGCAGCACCAAAGACCUUCAGAGACAGAUCGCCCACUGCAAGAGGAGAAUGGAGCACCUCGAGAGCCAGGUCCCGCCUGAUCGCGAACCUCCAGCCACCCUACCCAUCACUGAGGGCUCCAGGGCCUCUUCGCACUCCUCCAUCGACGCCCUCCCUCCCUCCACACUCCUCACACAUCACCAUCCGCACAGAGCAUCCUCCUCCCCUCCAGAAGAUGGAGAGUUGUCAGUGCAGCAUUCUGAGCGAGCCUUAUCCCCUGGGGGUGGGAGCGGGGGAGGGUUAAUGUUCCAGGGGGUCCUGGACCAGGAGAAGAGGUUGCUGGUGGAGAAGAUAUGCUCCCUCAAGAGAGACAUGGCCCGCUGCGAGGAGAGAGUCGAGUUCUUUGAGUCCCACUCACACCAACUCACUGAGGACAUCCAGAGGAAGUCAAAGAUCAUCCAGGAUUUCAUAAUGCGUGAGCAGACGGGUGCACUGGCCCCGCCAUCCAUUGACGAGCACAAGGUCAGGCACUCUCGUCGACACGGGAUCAUGGCCUCCGUCUUCUCGGGGGCACGCCCCCACAACAGUGAUGUGAACCUUGACCUCUCGGUGGAGAUGAACCGCAAGAUGCAGUCGGUGCUGGAGGACACUCUGCUCAAGAACAUCACUCUCAAGGAGAGUAUCGACACUCUGGGCCAGGAGAUACAGAGACUGUCCUCUCAACUGCAGGCCUAUGAGACAGCCUCCAGAUAGCACUAGCCCCCCUCUGCCCGUUAUUAUCAUCCGCAGCGACUCUAUUCAAAUCAUUCAUAUCACCUCUCACUUCUUCAAAUACAUAAUUAUUGGAUAAAUAUAAUGUUUUUUUAUUGUGGUGUGAACUUACAUAAUAAUAUAUAGACUGGGAGUGAGAUGAAAUGAUAAUAUUAUUCUGCUAGCUGUCCCAUCUAGUUUUGCCAGUGUCUGUAGAGCGGCGCUGUCUGUUUCCCUCGGAGUUCAUGUUGAGGAAGAGGAGGUAGGCCGUGCAGCCAGCCAUGCACACGGCUCCCAGCACCAUCACACUCUUUCUGGGCCGAGCAAAGAGCUCGAAGUUGACGGCUCUGAACACUCCAGUAGUUCUUACUCCUGCAAUUCCUCGGCCUGGCUCUGGUUCAGGUUUUUGCUGCUGGGACGACAUUACG